AUGGCAGGAGAAAAGUGGGCGUUUGAGCAAACCUUUUCUUUUAACCAUCUUCCCUGCAAGGAGCUGUCCUUCCUAAAGAACCGGGAUAUUUUACAACUCCUCAUGAAAUGGUCCAUGCUGGGGAGGAUGUCAGCUCAGUCGUACAGCUUUGACCAGUGCUUUUACCCGUACAACAGUGACGCGUUUGCACUGUGUUUCUUUAGAGAUCCCAACGUGGCAUCCAGUCUGAGAAAGACGGAGGCCGGAGCCUGGGUGCCUCUUGACAAGCCGGUGGUGUCUGUUGACGUGGAGCCGGUGCAGUGCACUAAAGUCUCCAUGGAGCUGUUCGACCCAAUCUACUCUUGUGGGAUCGUGAGGCCCUCUGGACAUGUAGUCAAAUGCUUUCAUGAUGUCUACCCCGACUAUGAUGAACUCAGACAGAUGUUGCAGGAAGAGGACUCUGAGCACCACUAUGUGGUUGGGAAGGAGGCGCGAGGAGAGUUUCUGUUUCUCCUCUUUAAGCACUUGUGUGUCGGGGGAGAGCUCUGUCAGUACGAAGACACCAUCGAUCCUUACAUCAGUACCACAAAGCACAUCUACAAAGACCUGAUCAGUGUUCAGAAGGAUCCAGAGACUAAGAAGAUCCACGUUGUCUCCACAGUCCUUAAAGUCUGUGCAUAUGAUGAGUCUGGACGAUGUUAUCCCGGAAGACGAGAGGAGGAGCAGACAUUUGCCUAUGUGAUCGUGGAUCCCUUCAAACGACACGCAACGUUGUUCUCCCACUGCUACGGUGUAGGACAGUUCACAUUGUGA